UCGUUGGUAUGCGGACAUUGACGCAUGCGUAAUAGGUAUCAAGUAAUUCGGCGCUGAAAAGGAAGGAGCCUACUUUUGUAGUGAUACAACCAAAGCAGUAUUAGCUAGGGGAACUGCAGAAUUAACUAAAACAGCGUCUACCUAGUUACUUUGCUUUCGAGCAUUGUGACGAAGCGCAGAGUUUGGAACAUGGCUGACAAAGAGGUGUAUGACGAUGCUGUGGAGGAAAGGGUCAUCAAUGAAGAGUACAAGAUUUGGAAGAAAAACACACCUUUCCUGUAUGACCUGGUGAUGACUCAUGCGCUGGAGUGGCCUAGCCUGACUGUCCAGUGGCUUCCAGAUGUCAGCAGGCCAGAGGGGAAGGACUACGCCGUCCACAGGCUGGUUUUGGGGACCCAUACAUCAGAUGAGCAGAACCACCUUGUGAUUGCCAGCGUUCAGGUACCAAAUGAUGAUGCCCAGUUUGAUGCCUCGCACUACGACAGCGAAAAAGGAGCAGAGUUUGGUGGAUUUGGUUCCGUAAGUGGGAAAAUCGAGAUUGAGAUCAAGAUCAACCAUGAGGGAGAGGUCAACAGAGCCCGCUACAUGCCCCAGAAUCACUGCAUCAUUGCCACCAAGACUCCCACCUCCGACGUGCUGGUGUUCGACUACAAUAAGCACCCGUCUAAGCCAGAUCCCAGUGGGGAGUGUAGUCCUGACUUAAGGCUGAAAGGUCACCAGAAAGAAGGGUAUGGCCUCUCCUGGAAUCCCAACCUCAGCGGCAACCUACUCAGUGCCUCUGAUGACCACACCAUCUGUCUAUGGGACAUCGGGGCCGGCCCAAAGGAAGGGAAGAUAGUGGAUGCCAAGACCAUCUUCACCGGCCACACAGCAGUGGUGGAAGAUGUUUCCUGGCAUUUGCUCCACGAAUCCCUGUUUGGCUCAGUGGCAGACGACCAGAAACUCAUGAUAUGGGACACUCGGUCCAGCACCACGUCCAAAGCCAGCCACUCAGUCGAUGCUCACACUGCUGAGGUCAACUGUCUGAGCUUCAACCCCUACAGCGAGUUCAUUCUUGCCACUGGUUCGGCUGAUAAGACUGUUGCACUCUGGGAUCUAAGGAACCUCAAACUGAAGCUCCACUCCUUUGAGUCCCACAAAGAUGAAAUUUUCCAGGUCCAAUGGUCUCCUCACAACGAGACCAUCCUGGCCUCCAGUGGCACCGACCGACGUCUCAACGUCUGGGAUCUCAGUAAAAUUGGGGAGGAGCAGUCUGCAGAAGAUGCUGAGGACGGUCCACCAGAGCUGCUGUUCAUCCAUGGUGGCCACACAGCCAAGAUCUCUGACUUCACCUGGAACCCCAAUGAACCCUGGGUCAUCUGCUCCGUGUCGGAGGACAACAUCAUGCAAGUCUGGCAGAUGGCGGAGAAUAUCUACAAUGACGAGGAGCCAGACAACACCCCUGCUUCAGAACUGGAGGCUCAGGGAUCAUAACCCAGCUCAGCAUGAGUCUCUCUAGGCACGACCCCCCAAACCCCAAUCUCCACACCCACCCCAGCCUGUCGUUUCCCUCUCUGGCUUAUCAAGUGCAAAAUGAAAAUGUGCUCUCCAUAUGAAUGAACGCUGUGGAGAGUUAGAGACAGCAUGGACUCCACCCUUGCUACCAGACAGUUGGAUUCAGGCUCACCUUGCUUACAGUCACCAUGGCCCAGGUACCCUAAAGCACUGAAGCACUCCCUGCUCAGGUGGUAGUAUCUCCAGUGUUGGAUAAUGGGAUUUUGUGGUGAAAGGGCUUUGAAGACCUUCAUGUGCACAAAGUCACUGUAAGCUAUUGUUAAGACCAGCUAAUUUUAUUGGGCUAAUGCAAGGAAAACAUGAAAGUGACAUUUUACAUUUCAACUCGGUAGCCAGAAAAACACUUGCUUGUAGGCUUCCCUCAAGAUGUGCGGUAAGCCGGACCAUAGAAGACUGAGCGCUGAAAUGCUUUUGGAACACCUGAUCCAAAUCUGUCCUAACUGAUUGGUUAAAUGAUGGUCAUGUCCAGGGGAGUUUAAUUUCAUACCUUAUUUCCCCACUUGUUGCUGUUUUCUUGUUCCUUAAUAUCGUACUUAACUGACACUUCAUGGCUGUCUUUAAAGAAACAUUCCCUGCUGUGUUUGCCUCCUGUUCACAAGGUACAUACACUCUUCAGUAUUUGGUUGAGUGAAGGUGUGGGACUAAAUGAGUGCACUUGAGGGAAACGCACAUCCUUUUCCUUUGUUAUAUAAUGUGAAAUUGCCAUGUUUUGUUUCCUGCACCACAAAUUGCAAUAAAACUUUUAUAACUUUUCAAA